GUUGUGGAUGUGAUGGUCACAGAAAGAUGUGAAGUGAAGGGAUUUGGUGUCAAAACAAGAGACCAUUUGAUUGAUAAUAAAAAUUUGUUGAUAUAGUCAUCACAUUCCAGUGAUUUUGUGGUAAGUCACUUGUCUUUGUGUCACUUCUUGGCCACAACUGGAACCGAUUGAUACUCGUGUUGGUGAAGACGUGUUCAGAAACCAGUGAAAGAUCGCCGACAAUGACUACAAUGGAGUUCUUCGGAUGCACUUUCAUAUCAUUUGGUCCACCAUUUGCUAUGUUCUGUCUAUUGAUAGCCAAAGACCCCAUCAGAAUCAUUAUAUUGAUCUCUGCAGCAUUCUUCUGGUUAUUAUCGCUAUUAUUGUCAUCUAUUCUCUGGACAGCUGUAGUGCCUCUCAAGGAAUACUUGGUCUUUGGCGUCACUUUUUCCAUCAUAUUUCAGGAGUUGUUUCGAUAUGUCUUCUAUCGUGUCAUUCGGAGAGCAGAGCCAGGCCUCGAGAAAGUGUCUGAAGUGGGAACGCCUAGUGGUUCCCAUAUGGUUGUCAACGAUAGGACACAACUAGCAUUCGUGUCAGGUCUGGGGUUCGGUCUGAUGGCCGGCGCCUUCUCACUGACCAACAUAUUGGCCGAUAGUGUGGGUCCGGGAACUGUGGGCCUGACCGGUGACUCGCAUUACUUCUUCCUGUGCUCUUCGUUCACGACUCUGGCGUUCAUAUUAUUGCACACCUUUUGGGGCGUCAUCUUCUUCAAGGCCUGUGACAAUCGGAACUACACUCUCAUUGCUUACGUCUUUCUCUCACAUCUGAUCGCAUCGGGAAUUACGUUUGUCAAUCAAAGCCAGUUAUAUAUGGUGUCAAUUGUGGUGAUAUAUGCCGUGACUGUCAUAACAUCGGUGUUUGCGUUCUAUAGCGCCGGCGGUUCACUCAAUAGCUUGAAGAGAGUCUUAAGUCGACAGUAAUUUUUUUAUAUAAAAAUCUUUCUUAAUUUAUAAGUUAUUUAUUUUUGGAUCACAUGUCACUCAUUGAAUACGAACACAAUAUUAUGUGUUUUUUGUAUUAAUUAACAUAUUUUUCAAAACCAAAUCCUCUCUGUAUUAUCCCAAAGAUUAACUGAUUGUAUGAAUUUUGCGAUUCAUCGACUCAUUUAUAACAUAUUUUGGUCCCAAAUAAUGAAAUUUUAACUCUUAUUAACUAUAACUGAAUUUAAAUUCAGUGACAUAUUUAUAUGAAAUACGUGCA